AGCAGCACCUCUUUCGUCUCUGCUCCCACAACAGACCCCCACAAGGUAGGCAAAGCGCGUCCACACCACCUUCCCUUGCACACAACCAACCUCCUUGCUCACUUGCUGAGCUUUGUCAUUAAGGCAGGGGCCCCCAGAGCGUUUUUAGUCCCUUUUCACGUGUCCACGUGGGUGUGCUUUAUAAAUGCAUAGAAUAUGGCAGCUAGUAUCAGUGCCAUUUCGUGUGUGCCGGUUUGAAGAAGAUUUGUUGCAGCACAACGGCAGCCAGGCGCAGUGCGACGGGUCCUACCACUGACCUACAUGUGGAUUCCUCACGCUGUGGAGGAUGAAGCAUUGGGCAUGUCGCACAGCAUUUAAGUGUGUGCGGGUGCUCCAUUUAGUGACACAACGGCACACGCCCUUUCUGGUGUUGCACUACCCCCUGUUGCUUCAUGUACAGCAUGCAAGCGCACCACUCCUUCUGCUCAUGGGCAUAGUGUGCUGGGGCCCUCUUUUGAGCCCAUACGGCGCAGCACACUGGGUAGAUGGCAAACGCAAUACCGCUUGGGAUAUUACACAGCGAGCAGCAUCCUCUAUCUCCACAAUUUUCUGCACAGUUGUUCUUCUUUCCGUUUCCACUUCGGAUUCUUGUGUGCUCCUUGAGCGCCAAGAUGGAAAUAUGGAUGUUUGAAACCGGAUGGGUAGCUCGCUGUCCUUUUCUAUGUAGUUUGUUUCUCGUUUCUUUUUGUUCUGCUGGUUCUCAGUUCCCCAAGGCAAA